UGAUUGGCUGAGGGCUGUGGCGACAGCUUCCGGAAAAGGGAAGAGCCACCAACAUGGCGUCGGGGGGCGGCGCGGGGCUGCAGCAGCCGCCGCAGGAGAUGAUGGAGGUGGACAGAAGAGUUGAGUCUGAAGAGUCGGGGGAUGAAGAGGGAAAGAAACAUGGAGCAGAGUUGGUCUCAGACCUCAGUCAGCAAAGCCUGAGAGAUGAUCAGAACCUCGACAACCCAGAAGAGGACUCUGAGCUGCCUGUGGACAUGGAAACUGUUCACUUGGAUGAAGAUGCCGAGGAUGUUGAUCUAAAUCAUUAUCGAAUUGGGAAAAUUGAAGGGUUCGAAGUCCUGAAGAAAGUGAAGACCCUCUGCCUCCGUCAGAACCUCAUUAAGUGUAUUGAGAACCUGGAAGAGCUACAGAGCCUUCGAGAGCUGGACCUCUAUGACAACCAGAUCAAAAAGAUUGAGAACCUGGAGGCGCUCAAGGACCUUGAGACUUUAGAUAUUUCUUUUAAUCUUCUACGAAACAUCGAAGGGAUAGAUCAGCUCACCCAGCUGAAGAAACUUUUCCUGGUCAACAAUAAAAUCAACAAAAUUGAAAACAUAAGUAACCUCCAGCAAUUAAAGAUGUUAGAACUUGGAUCAAAUCGAAUCCGGGCCAUCGAGAACAUCGACAGCUUGACCAACCUCGACAGCUUGUUCUUGGGGAAAAAUAAGAUAACCAAGCUGCAGAAUCUGGACGCCCUCAGCAACCUGACGGUGCUCAGCAUGCAGAGCAACCGGCUGACCAAAAUCGAAGGCCUCCAAAGCCUGGUGAACCUUCGGGAGCUCUACCUCAGCCAUAACGGCAUCGAGGUCAUCGAGGGCUUGGAGAACAACAACAAACUCACAAUGCUGGACAUUGCAUCAAACAGAAUCAAAAAGAUUGAAAACAUCAGCCACCUAACAGAACUGCAGGAAUUCUGGAUGAAUGACAACCUCAUCGAGAGCUGGAGUGACUUGGAUGAAUUGAAGGGAGCCAAGCACCUGGAGACAGUUUACCUGGAGCGCAACCCUCUGCAGAAAGACCCCCAGUACCGGCGUAAGAUCAUGCUGGCCCUGCCCACCAUCCGGCAGAUCGAUGCCACCUUUGUGCGGUUCUGAGUCUCGCCCGUCCUCGCGUCCCUCCUCCCAGCAGCCGCGCCUCGGCCACGGGCUUCUUACUGACCAGCAACUAUCGAUGGCCAAUAAAAACCACUGAGUGAUCACACACACGUGUAUGACGCGCCCUCUUACGAUUGUUUUUGAGAUGUUAUUAUUAUUAAAUCUUGCAACACAAUG